GUCAGAGUAGUCAGCCAAGUAAUCUAUGUUUGCGGCGAUACAGAAAAAUAUAGUGUUAAAAAUCCACCGGUUAAGUGAAACACCAUAAUAUACACACAAUUCGACUUGAUAAUUUUUGUUAAAAUUCGAAAAAAAAUUACUAUCACCUCGUUUGUAAUUAUUUAUAUGCCGUCAUUUUUGCAUUACAUAAAGAAUAGCAGAGACAUAUCUGAAUAUUCUACCUGCAAACAAAAUAUAUAAAUAUGGAGUUGGUCGUGUUUGCUAAAGAGUUGCUACAGAAUGCCGCCGAGCACAUGGCGGGCUAUCGUCUGGGACAAGCCGUUUUACGUCACCUGGACCGCACACUAUGGGUGGUGGAGAAGUGCGCUCGGUGGGCCGUACCGCCACCUUUAGACCAAGACGAGCGUCCUCAGCCGGAACUACUACGCCCGCUGCCCUGGAUUUUCUUCCUAACUCUUCUCGUAGUAUUGCGAGUCACCAGAGAGUCAAUAUCGCUCAUCAACUUGGUUAUGGGCAAGCCUCCACUUAGAUCCGCUGAUGUGGUGAUGUAUAUACAAAGCAAAAGGCGCUACCUCCGCACACUGAAGUAUACCGGAUCACGUGCAAUGCGCAACCGGGUGUCACAACCGCGGCCCUGGUACACGCAGCUGCAGUCGAUGCUCGAGCUGACCAUGUGCUUCCGCCGGCAGUCACACUACGGCAACAACAACACCACCAGCCACAGCAACAACGAUGAAGUGCUGGUGGUGAAGCGCAGUAAACGUGGACGCGAGACAACCAGCCCGACCGUCUCAGGUAACGAGACCACGAUGGAGAGGCUCAUAGAGAAAAUGAUGGUUGACCUCGAUGUGGAAUCGGAUGAUGAUUCCAGUUACACUUUAACUAACGCAACUAGCAUCAAAAGCGAUAACUCUGAUACUAGUGUUGAAUCUGACCAAGAGGUUGUGUAUAAGAACGAUUCAACUCUAACAAAACCAAACGAAGACGACGCUCCAAUGGAAGAAACCGUAACGGGUGUCGACAGAGCACAAUCUGAUGAGAAUAAUUUUUCUCCAAAUAAAAUCGAUAUCGCUAGUUCUACGCCAGAAAAAGAGAAGAAUGUAGACACCGCUGAGGAGGUGAAAUUAGAAGAAUAUCCAGCGCCAGAAGAUAAAAUUCCGGCAGAAGAAAAAGCUCUGCCACCUCCCGAUAAGCAAGAGAUAGCAUCGCCCAAAGCAGAAUCAAAAUCAUUCAUAGACAACGAGAACUCAAUGCAAAAUCAAACGUCACCAAAAAAUGAACAGAAAAUCGGUAGGAAAAUGUUACACGUUAUUAACAAGCUAUUUAAACAGUCACAGACAAAAACAGGAGUGAAAAAUGAGAGGCGAGAUACGGAUGCGUCUGUAACGAAGAAACCUGCAGACAGAACGUUCUAAGAAAGGAAGGAAAUCUCCAGCAGUUGUAAGUUAUCACGGAAUACCCUAAAUAUAUGGCUGAUCCAUAACGCGUUAUCAACGUAACGCCGGCAACCACCUAGUUUCUACAUGUCACGAAUUAUAAACUAGAUCAAUAUGAAAUUACCUUUAUCGUAUAAUUUUAAAUGUUACUUAUAAACCAAUAUGUUUGAUGUAUUUAAAAAUCAAUUGCUAUAGUCACGUUAUGUGAUCAUAUAACAACUCUCAGUUUAAUUUUAAUAGAAUAUUAAUAGAAAACGUACUGGUAUAAAAUGCGUUGAAUUUUUAUUACUCUGCAUACAUCGUAAGUUGUACAUAAUUAUCGAAGUAUAAAUACAACUAAACUUAAACAAUAAUGUCACUAUUGUUUAAGCGUAUGUAACGUAACUUAACGUUACAUACGCUUACAAUGUCAAUAUUUAAACCAGAACGUUCGACUAUUUAAGUUUAUAGUUUUAGCCUUCAGUUAAUAUUAUAACGUUUUCCGUAAUAAUCCAUCAAUUUGUUGCAGUUAACAUUAGAAUUGGAAAGAAAAGGAAACCUUGGAAAAAGUUUCGAGUAUGUAAAUUUAACGAUAAUGAAAAUAAUGUGAUCGGCUC